UAUGCUUAUAUGGUGGAUAUUGCAGCAAAGCCAGACCUUCCAUCCAUGCUUAUGGAUGAGAGAGAGAUGGGUAAUGGUGUUUGAGAUGAGGGUUUAAGGGAGGGUUUUAGGUCUACCAACUGGUAGUUAGAGAUUGAACUCCUUAACCAAACUCAAUCUUCAACAGCCAUAGAACCCAAGAACUGCAACAACAACAACAGCAACAACAACAGCAACAGCCACAACAAACAAGAAAAAGAAGAAGAAGAAGAAGAAGAAGAAGUCAAGUACCAACCACUUCCUCAACUGGGGUUUCAACCAAAGAACCCAAAACUCAAACCCAUCAAAAAGAGGAAGCUAUUUCAAAAAGCCACACAAGGAUUGCUAGAAAGAGAAAGUUAUCAUUUCCUUUGAGAGUCUUUUCUGAGAGAGAGAGAGAUAGAGAGAGAUGCUCACGUGGGGUUUUCAUGGAAUGAUGGCUAGAGAAUAUAUGAUGAGAGAAAAAGAUCAAAAGUGAAGGAAAUUCAUUACUACUUCCAAAUCCAAUUAUCACUUUCUUUUCUUUUUUGAAAAAAAAAAAAAAAAGAGUAUUUUUAUCUUUUUUCCCCCUCUUCUUCUUGUUGUAUAUCCUUUGCAAUUGUAUGCAUAGGUUAACAGGAGUAUGUAAUGCAAAGUGAAGUUUUGUGUUUUAUUUUGUUGUAUUGGGAUCGGAUUUGUUAUCAGCAGAUCGAGUGGUGUCUUUGAGGUUUUGUGUUCCCCAUAACACCCACAAGUCUUACUGGUUUCCAGUUCCUUGGAUGUGUAAUCUGUCUCAAGUAAUCGAGCAGGAAGAUCUAAAAUCAAAUAGAAAUGGCUACUUAUUAUGCUGGUUCAAAUAACCAAAGAGAUGCUGCACCAAUGAUAUAUAUGCCGGGUUCAUAUUCUGAGACACCAGUUCUUCCUGGUAAUAUGAUGAUGUAUAUGAAUGGAGGUGGAUCAUACUCGGACGCCUUGGCCGGGAAUUCUCAUCAGCAAAACAACAGCAUUCAAAUUCACUCUGUGGAGGCACCUGAUUCAACCCCACAGCAGCAAGAAAUCUUGUCAAAUCUCAGUGGAUCACGAAUUGGGGAGCAUGAUUUUAAUGCAUGGAGGGAUAGUAGAAAUGAGAUGCUAGUUAUGCAUUCAAUGGGUGGACCUUCUGGCAUUAUUCAUAGUGGACAUAACUUACAAGGCCAGGGCUUGUCCCUCAGCCUUGGUACACAAAUUCCGUCUGGAAUCCAGAUGCACUCCAUCCCCUACAGGAACUCGAAUCCUGGCCUGGCUUCGUUCUUAGGUCCUAAUCCAUCAAUUAUGGGUGAGGGCAGUGGCAGGAAUGGCUCUUCUAGAGAUGAACAAACAAAAAGUGCUGAAUAUCUGCCACCUGGAUUUUCUGGAGGUAAUCAAGAUUCAAAUAAAGGGGAUUUAUCUCCUUAUGGAAUGAACAGUAUUGCAAGAACCAUUCCAAAUUCUAAGUACCUUAAGGCAGCACAACAACUUCUUGAUGAAGUUGUUAAUGUCCGAAAGGCUCUAAAGCAGCCUGACAAGGAGAAAAACCAAAGCACAAAUGAGCAUGGGCUGAAUAGUCCAAAAGGCGGUGACAGCAAAUCAAAGAAUGGGUCUGCAGACCCUCAAGAAUCCACCAAUAGUGAGCUGUCACAUGCUGAAAGACAAGAAUUGCAGAACAAGUUGAGUAAGCUUUUAUCCAUGUUGGACGAGGUGGAUAGAAGGUACAAACAAUAUUAUCAUCAGAUGCAGAUUGUGGUCUCAUCAUUUGAUGUGAUAGCAGGAUGUGGGGCAGCUAAACCAUAUUCAGCACUUGCCCUCCAGACUAUAUCCCGCCACUUUCGGUGCUUGCGUGAUGCGAUAAGUGGCCAAAUUCAGGCAACCCGUAAAAGCCUGGGAGAUCAAGAAACAUCAGAGAAUGGUAAAGGGAUUGGAAUAACUCGUCUGCGGUAUGUGGAUCAGCAGCUUAGGCAACAGAGAGCUCUUCAGCAGCUUGGUAUGAUGCAGCAACAUGCAUGGAGGCCACAAAGGGGUUUGCCUGAGAGCUCUGUUUCAAUUCUUCGUGCUUGGCUGUUUGAGCAUUUCCUUCAUCCUUACCCAAAGGAUUCUGAUAAGAUCAUGCUGGCAAGGCAGACAGGUUUGACUAGAAGUCAGGUCUCAAAUUGGUUUAUCAAUGCACGAGUGCGACUUUGGAAGCCCAUGGUUGAAGAGAUGUACAAAGAAGAGAUUGGUGAUGUAGAGAUGGACUCCAAUUCAUCUUCUGAAAAUGCAACCAAAGCAACGAAAGGCGACUUGAGAAACUACAAAGACGGAGGAGAAGACAUGCAGCAAAGUGCCAGUUCAACAGCAACCGAAAGAUGCAGUGCUGUACAGUUGCUGGAUUCCAAAUCUGAUCAUGUUCCUCAUGUAGAAAUGGGAGGAUCAACUGCAAGAAGCAAUUUCCAAAAUAUGAUGCGUAGUGAGGCUGUUACUGAAUACGGGUUAUUGAAGCUAAGGGAGGAGCAAAGGCCUAGUGUUGAUGAUUGCGGUCUGUUCCCUGAUGCCAUUGUUCACUCUGAUGGGAGUGGUGAUAGGUUUAUGGCAGCAGCUGCCGCUGCUUAUCAAAUGUCAGAGGUCGGAGGGUUUGGAACUGGAAGUGGAGUGUCUCUUACUCUUGGGUUGCAACACUGUGAGGGCGGUAACCUGCCAAUGUCCAGCGCAACCCAUCACAGUUUUGUUUCCAUGAGAGGAGAUGAUGAUAUAUAUGGCGCAGCGGCAGCAGCAUCGUCUGUGGGGGCAGAGAACACAGAUUUCGAGUGUCUGAAUCCAGGGAACAGGCAAAACAGGUUCAGUUCCUCCCAUUUGUUACAUGAUUUCGUCGCAUGAAUAAAUUACAUGGGUCACUUUUGAAUUGCUUUGGAACAGUAGCAGCCAACUUUCUUUGUUACUUCUAGUAAAGAUUUAUCAUUACUUUCAAGUGGUGAAAGGAAGGUUGUGCAUAAAACACAAUUGUAGUAUAUCAAAAGAAUUGGUUGGAAGAUUAGCAUAUUGUAAAGAUACAUAUUUUUGUCUAAUAUUUUGUAAGGGAAUUGUACAAUUGGCUACAACUUUGGUAUUGAAAGAAAACCAGAAAAAGGGGAAUUAGUGGUUUGAAAUAAAGGUGGUAGGAAUUGGCCA